ACAGUGCGACACGCUGUAUAGAAACAAAGGCUGGAAGUAGCGUUCUUUUGAAGGCGCACAUGGAAUAGAAGUUCAUGUUGGAGUUAUUGGGAUGACAUUGUAGCUGCAAGUCUUCAUGUUGGAGUUAUUGGGAUGACAUUGUAGCUGCAAGUCUGGUCCUGUGCCGCCACAACAACGGCAGCCCUCAGCGUAAAAGGAGUGAAAGCUAAGUGUGUGAAGAUAAUUGUCUGCUGGUCACCGAGGUAUGAGUUGUAGACGUGGAGGUGGUGGAGGUGGAGGAAUGAGUUGUAGACGUGGAGGAGGUGGAAGGAGCAGGCGAGGAGGAGACGGCAGCAGGGAAAGAGGACUUGUGUCCAGCGGGAGCUCCAUCACCCUUGAAGAGGAUCCGGCUGCUAGCCGCCAUCCAUCACACCUGAAAGGACGGGAGAUCGGCCUGUGGUACGCCAGAUACGGAGCCGUGAAGAAGAAACAUGCUGAGCGGAAAUCGCGGGCAGUGGUCCAGAUGGAUGAGGCCAGAGAGCAGAACAUCAUCAAGCUGCUGGAUUCUGUCCAGAAGGAGCAGUCGGCUGCACAACCACCAACACGAGAUGCAAGAGCCUCUGCUUCCCACAGCUGGCGCACACCUCCUGACAGAAGUGUUCACUGCUACUUUGAUGGAGACAUGCCCGAGCAAGGUCAGCACAAGGCCGAGCAGGAAGGGCUCAUCUCUCAGGCAGUUGAAGAUGAGAUUCCUGACACGUGGGAUGAUGAUGAUGAUGAUGAUGAUAAUGAUGAUGACAAGGAGGAGCAGAAGCAAGGGGAGGAGGAGAAAGAGAAACCGAAGAGAAAUGACAAAGAUUUUGAGUUUUUACUUGAGAAAAUAGCCAGAGACCAUUCACUGGAUGAGUCAUUGCGGAGAGAUCUGCAGAGGAAGAGAUCCCAGCCAGCGUACAAGGAGAUGCUGUCGUUUAGAGAAAAAUUGCCAUCCUAUGGAAAAAAAGAGGAGCUGGUCCAGCUGAUCAACUCCAACCAAGUCCUGGUUGUGAGCGGUGAGACCGGCUGUGGGAAGACCACUCAGGUGACCCAGUUCAUUCUCGACGACCACAUCAACCGAGGCCUGGGUUCAACGUGCCGGGUGGUUUGCACGCAGCCUCGUCGCAUCAGCGCCAUUUCGGUGGCACAGCGUGUGGCGGCAGAGAGGGCAGAAAGUGUUGGCAAUGGAAAUUCCUGUGGGUACCAAAUUCGCUUGGAAAGCCAGUUACCACGGAGACAAGGCUCGGUCCUGUACUGCACCACCGGCAUCAUCCUGCAGUGGCUGCGCUCAGACCCGCACUUAUCGAGUAUCAGCCACUUGGUUUUGGAUGAGAUCCACGAAAGAAGUCUCCACUCUGACGUCUUGCUCACAAUCGUCAAGGACCUGCUGGACUUUCGAGAAGACCUGAAGAUCAUCCUAAUGAGCGCCACGCUCAAUGCGGAGAAGUUCUCUAAAUAUUUUGACAACUGUCCCAUGAUCCACAUCCCGGGUUUGACCUUCCCAGUGGAAGAGUUCCUCCUGGAGGACGUGGUGGAGAUGACAAGAUAUCGUCCAAAGAGUAAAGAGUGUCGCCCUGCGUGGAAGAGAGGCUUCAUGAAGGGCCAACACUCCAGACCCGAGAAGGAGGAGAAGGAGGCGGAGUACAAGGAGAGCUGGCCUUCUUAUGCUCGCACGCUACAGGCUAGAUACUCUCACAACACUAUUACUGCUCUUGAAAUGCUGGACGCUGACGACAAGAUUGACCUCGAGCUAAUCGUGGCACUUAUCCGACAUAUUGUGCUAAACGAAGGGGACGGUGCAAUCUUGGUCUUCCUGCCCGGCUGGGACAACAUCAGCAGCCUUAACGACCUCCUAAUGGCACAGCAGAUGUUCCGAUCAGAGAGCUUUGUUAUCAUCCCGCUGCACUCGCUCAUGCCCACUGUCAAUCAGACACAGGUGUUCAAAAGGCCGCCUCCUGGGGUGCGAAAGAUUGUUAUUGCUACCAACAUAGCCGAGACAAGGUAAGUGUGUCUCUUGGACUGAUUGUUAAAAAGAUUGUUAUUGCUACCAACAUAGCCGAGACAAGGUA